UAUAGUGAGUUAGUGACGGACGGAGCUUAAGAACAAGCACCCUCCACCAACCACAAAAAUUUGAAUGGUUUUCCAGAUUCGAACAGAGCUCUCCAGUCCUAGAAAUUUCUGAUCAGGUUCGCCCAUUUACUUCUCUUAUCAUUUAUCUUUGUUUAUUUGAACAUCAAAAAAAGAAUAGGAUACCUUUUUCACCAACAGAUUGAAUCAAAUUGUGUGUUGUUUAUGCAAAGAUCAUCACAGUCAUUUGUCAAUCUGUGUUCAUCUUAUUUUUCCAGCUUUGUUUUGAUUUUCUCAACUGUUUUUCAGUGGUUCAACUUCAUAUUGUGUAUUAAUGAUUUACUGCAGCAUCAGAUCUGUCAUUUCAGAUAAGUAGCGAGGUGAAGAUUGUUCUUAAGGUAAAAAGCUCUUGCCUUUGUGGCAACCGUACUAGACAUGUCAGUAUGCACAUUGACAAAUUCAGGAAGCACUGCACUAUAUGAGUCGACUGUUCUCUUGCGAAGAAAUGUGAGAAGAUAUCAAUUACUUAACGGGGCUGAAAGACAUUGUCUCUGGAAUCAUGGUGUACAGAAUCUAUUCCUUAGAGGACAACCUUAUAUCCUGAAACAAAAAGGAAUGAGGGUUGAAGCAGGAUGGUUUUUCAAAGGAAGUGGGAGUGAUAAGCGCUUGGAUGCAAGUAUUGAGCAUAGUGAGAGUGCGAACGAGGAUAUAUUGAUUUUCUUUUUCCAGUUGGAUUUGGCUACUCGAGUCCAGUAUGCUUUGAACUUGGAGCAGUACGAUAUUGCUCAGCAGCUGAGAAGCAGAUUAGAUGAGGUUGAAGAAGAGGUCAUCAGGCAACAGAAUUCAAAGAAGGGUUCGACCUCAAAAGUUGACGCUCAGGAUCAAGGCAUCCGUCUACUAAGAUUACGUGCUGAACUGCAAAACGCAAUUGACACUGAGAAUUAUGCUGUAGCUGCUGAAUUACGUGAUGAAAUUUCUAAAAUAGAGGCUGAGUCUCUUGCUGCAUCAGCAAAAGCUUUGGCAUAUGAGAAUGUUCAAUAUGCAUUCCGUUUGGGGCAGAAAGUGAGACAUAAGAUAUUUGGGUACCGGGGUGUAAUUUGUGGCAUGGAUCCGGUGUGUUGUGAAUCAAAAGCGUGGAUGGAGACUGCAAAUGUCGCAAAUUUGUCCAGUGGUUCUAAUCAACCUUUCUACCAGGUCUUGGUGGAUGUUCAUGAAGAUCCCGAGCUGCUUGUGGCAUAUGUUCCACAGGAAAAUCUCGUAGCACCAGAAAAGCCAGACUUGGGAAGAUUUGAUCAUCCUUACGCUUCAUUUCUUUUUUAUGGAGUUGAUUCAGCUGGAAAUUUCAUCCCGAUCAAGCAGCUUCGUGAGAAGUACAAUCAGCCCAGAUUUGAAGUGCCUUCGGAUCCUGAAGAUGAAGAUGACAGAGAAGGGGCUUAAUGAUAUUAGAUCAGAAUGAGAGUUUCCUAUUUUGAUUUGUGGCUGAUUAUAUUCAUUACAGAUUAAGUGUACAAAUUUCCCUUGAAUAUAUUUUCAAGUGUCUUAUUUUUCCAAAUGUUGCAUCAUAUAUUCCUUGUAAAUCUGGUAGUGUUGAUGUUAUAUCAUUAUAUGGUAUGUUGUAACUUCAAUUGUUCUUGUUAAUCAGAUUCUAUGCUUC